UCAUAUCUGAUCAAUCUCUACAUGAUUUAUUAUUAUUUUUUAAAAUAUAUAUUAAAUAUCUGAAUAUUUUUUUUUUUAAUUUUUAAAAAGAAAUUGAUCUAACCCAUAGUAAUAUAUAUGAAAUAAGUUACAAAAGAAUAUAAAUAAAUAAAUAUGAGAUGCUACUUUUAAAAUCAGAGAAACUAACGAAUCAUUUCACUAAAAACCCAAGGAUUAAAUAAUAAUUUGCUCUUGUUUUGCUGAUAAAAUGGCCUAAAGGAAAAGAAAAGGAAAAAAAAAAACGAAAAGACGUUAAGAGAAUCAAACCGGACAAGUCCAAGUAACCGCCAACAACACUGAAAAUUCCAAAACAAAAGGAAAGAAGCAGUAGAAAGAGCGAAACCAUUUCAAAGCCAAAGUACUACUCCCCUCCCUGCUCUUAAAUGUAAGCCCUCUUCUUCCUCCUCCCUCUUUUUACUUCCUUGUUUGCAUGUCAGAGUUGUAAUCACAGUAACAAAUGCAUAUGCAUUCCAUAGGUUUUUUUUUGGUGCAUACAUUGAUUACCAGAAUCCAAUAAUGCUGGUGUCUAUACAUUCCCCUUUUCUUGAAAUCUACUUAUUAUGAUGUUAUUUGGUUUCUUCGAUGAAUAUAUGAACAUUGUGUCUGUUUUUUUCUUUGAUUCUCUCAUGGUUUCUUGUUUGGAAUUGAUGGCGGUGUUUGUUAAUGUUAUUAUCACUGCCCUUGUUUUAUUUUUUUGCGUUUAGAUAAUUAAAGGGAAAUUACUUUGCAUCAUGUAUGUGCAUCUAAUCUAAUAUAAUCAUUCAAGGAACCAACUGUUGGUAUUUUCAAUAUGUGAAGAUAAUUAAUGGUAUUUUGCAAGGAUUUGAACCCUUUAUACUCGCUGGAGAAUCAAGAAUUUUAGGAUCAUUUGUAGGUAUCAAUCAGGCUAGGCACUACUUUAUUCACUUCAUUUUUUAUAGAUAAUAUCGAAUUGCUUGUUGGUACAAAUUACUCUCAAACAAUUAGAGUAUCCUGGAAGUUGGCAGUUCAAAUGUGUUUAAAAAUAAGUUGGUUCAAAUGUAUUCAUCAUUUUUUACCUUGUAUGGAUAGUCGAUGUGACCCUGAUGCCGAUUGACAAUUUUUCUGUGAGAAUAUUCUUAUAUUUAGGGAAGUUUUAAGACUAAUUACCCUCUUAAGACAGGAGCAUUUAUGCUUCUUUACCUUAGACAUAGAAGUUAGCUUUUGAAUUCAUUAUGUUAGGGAAAUCCUUUUCUUCUAGGGAUAGUUUCAAAUUUAAGAGAGGAUUACAGUAAAUGGUAGUCAUCGUUUAGCUUGUGUUUGAGUAUCAGUGUACAUGUUUGUGCUUUUCUGUCAUGCCAUGUAGAUAACCUGAUGGAUAAAGGAAUGUCGUUGAUCUUAAUCCAGUUUUUGCCUAUAAGGAACAUAAUCCUUUUCAUCAUGUUGGAGCUAGCAUUUGACUAGCCUCGCCAGCACAUUUGUUACUUCUGCGACACUGUUUGGGUUUCGCAAGUUUGUUUUGUUGAAACAUUCAAUUUCUAAUUAAUUCUGAGGAGAAAAUCUUAAGUUUUGACAACUUCCUAGCCCAUAAAAUAAAAUCUAUGAACUGCCGAUGUGACAGUUACACAAAGUAGCAGACUCUCUCACUCUAAAAUCAAACUCUCUUCAAUCGUCUUUCUGGGAGAAGAACUUGUGGGAAGUUUAUAAGCAUGUCAAAGUUUUUCUUUUCUUUUCCUUUCUUUUUUUCCUGGCAAGUACUAGAUGUUGAAUUUUGUUCUAAUGGUGCUUUUGCAGACUGUUAAUGUAAACAGGAUGGAACUUGAAGAUGUGCAUUCUGAUAUCUGUUCCUUGAGAAAAUUAUAUGGACUCCUCCAAGGUAGUCCAGAUGGUGUGCAAAUGGCAGGCUUUUUGGAUGAGAGAGCACGAGUGCUUUUGAAGAAUCUGCUAGAUGCUGCUACAGAGAAGGCUUUAUUGGCUUAUUCAAAGAUCAUAGUGGCAGCACAAUUAGGUGUGUCUAACACACCCUACUCCUCUCAAUCAGUGCAGCCCAAGACCAUGCCAUAUCUAGAACCUCCUGUUUCACCCGAUGCAGAGAAUGCUUCUCCAAGUACCAUUCAGAGUUCAAAUGCUAAGACAAAUUUAUGUGUAAACAGUGCAUGGAAAAAUGAGCAGUCACUUAUUAAGCCAACACCUCAGGAUUCAGGGUCAGAGCAUUCCAAAUUCAGUGUCUCAUUAAACAAACCUGAAGGUAGAAAAAAAUACUGUCGAGUUUGUAAGCAAAGCAGCAUGAAGCAGCGGAACUCGGACAAGAAUUUAAACAAAGAUGGUAAUGAAAGAGAUCAGCACCGUGAUGAGGCUUGUUGGAUUAAUGGGAAUCCAAAAGGAUCGCAUGAGCUAAAAUUGAAGGGUCUUAAAUCAGCAGUGACUUUCAGUGAAGAGCCAAGACGGAAAAUAAAUUCUGAAAUUCAAUGUCAACCAAGUGUUACAAGUUCCACUUCUUGGGCCUCAAGUUCAUUGGGUUCUAUGUUUGUUAAACUAGGAUCUGAAUUUUUAUCUGGUAAAAUUGAUGAACAUCGAGAGGAUUCAGAAAGUAAUUUCUUUAAAGAAGUUGCAAGUGCAAUGAAAUUUAGUGAAUCUGGAAUGCCCUCCUCAUCGUUGCAGCUUCAUAGUGAAAAUGCAGAUUCACUUAAAGCUAACAAUGCAGCUUUUGUCCACAAUUUGUCCAGGGCGGAUAACUCAAUAAGAACUGAAAUGCGGUCGAUACAAAGGGAUGGUGCAGUUGCAGUGGGUGACAUGAGUUUUGCUAAGAGAGAAAAUGGGGAUGGUUCAGUUGCAAUGGGAGAAACAAACCGUGCAGAGAGACAGAAUGUGAGGGGAAUUGUUGAGAGAAUUGAGUCACUCAAUCGAGCAUCAAGUCAGAAGAACUAUCAAACAUGUCAGUAUGUUAGUGGGUUACAGGUUCCCCCGAGUCAGGGUGAUGUGGUCAGGAAGUCCUCGAUGCAUAGUAUGAAGGUUCGGCAAGACACUCCAUUGCGGAAUCCAAUGGCUCGGCCGGAGAAAAAAUCCACGCCAUCUGUACCAUCAAUACCUCCUUCUGCAGGGUCAAUGGUGCCAUCUCACAAAAGAAACUUGCCUCGUCAGACAUUUAUAAGGCCAACACUGCUAGAUUAUGAUGAUCAUCACAAUGGAAUCACCCCAAAGAGAUCUUAUGUGGACUCACAAGAAGAGUUAGAUGAGACAACCAGCUCAAGUUCAAACAGUCGCUUGCCGGAAUUGUCAGAUGAGAGAGCUAGCUCUAGCUCUGACCCUCACUCACCAGAAUUGUCAGAUGCCACAGCCAGCUCAAUCUCUGAUCCUCGCUCACCAAUAGAGUCAUACGAGACAGCCAGCUCCAGCUCCAGCUCUAGUCCUCACUCUUCCUACAGCUGGACAAGUCAGCAGCAGACAACAGGCAGCAGCAGAGGUAGCGAUGAGGACCCUGAAGAUUACUAUGAGCGUGGGGAUCCUCCACCUAGAGAAAAGGGACCAAGUAGGACGUCCAGAUCACCAAGCCAUAAGAAGAAAGCAACUGGACGACUUAGGGGGCUAAAAAACAAGUUGGGACUCAUUUUCCACCACCAACACCACCACCACCACCACCACCACCAUCAUGAUGACAAUGAUGGUGAGAAGGCCCCCACCAAAUCCAUGUGGAAGAACUUGCACAAGAUGUUUCAAAACAAAGACUUGAAGCAUAAUGACAAGGCCUAUCAUAAAAAAGCAGUUGAGAAGUUCGGAAAAUCUGUAGUGGUAAGAAACAAGAAGCAGAAGGCUGGACAUUUUCGUGCAUUGGUUAAAGGGUUGAUGAAGCAUUCUAAACAUUCAAAGAAAUCAAAGCCUGCCAAAGGCGGGAUCGGACGCCAUUUAGGACGUGCCCAAAAUGGCCAUGACAAUAAGCAUUGGUGGAAAAUGUUUCAGCGCCAUCGACGAGGAGUAAAGCUGCCCAACAGAGGGCGUGUUAAACUAGGAAUUCCCAGAAAGAAGAAGAAACCCAGGCUAAAAACCCUGAAAUAAGAUUACAUAGCAAUUUGUACAA